UCCUCCUCCUCCCGCCUCCUUCCUGCACCGCCGCCAGGGCUGUGUGUGCCGGUGACCGGGGCUCCACCGAGAUGAGCAGCCGCAGCGGGUUCUACCGGCAAGAGCUGAACAAGACGGUGUGGGAGGUGCCAGAGCGGUAUCAGCACCUCACCCCGGUGGGCUCGGGGGCCUAUGGCUCUGUGUGCUCUGCAUAUGACACCAAAACAAGACAAAAGAUAGCAGUGAAAAAAUUAUCCAGGCCGUUUCAGUCAUUGGUCCAUGCACGGCGAACGUAUCGGGAGCUGCGUUUGCUCACACACAUGAAGCAUGAAAAUGUAAUAGGUCUGCUGGAUGUGUUUACUCCAUCAACGUCAGUUGAAACCUUUACUGAAGUGUACCUAGUAACCAAUCUGAUGGGUGCAGACCUGAAUAACAUUGUAAAGUGCCAAAAGCUAACAGAUGACCACAUCCAAUUCCUAAUAUAUCAGCUGCUUCGGGGCCUCAAGUAUAUCCAUUCAGCGGGGAUCAUACAUAGAGACUUAAAACCCAGCAAUUUAGCAGUAAAUGAAGAUUGUGAAUUAAGGAUUUUAGAUUUUGGGCUGGCACGACAGACAGAUGAUGAAAUGACUGGUUAUGUAGCAACCAGGUGGUACAGAGCUCCAGAGAUCAUGUUAAACUGGAUGCACUAUAACCAGACAGUUGACAUUUGGUCAGUUGGAUGCAUUAUGGCAGAGCUUUUAAAAGGCAAAGCUCUUUUUCCAGGGAAUGACUAUAUCGACCAGUUAAAAAGGAUAAUGGAAGUUGUUGGAACGCCUAAUUCUGAAUUUCUUAUGAAAAUUUCAUCUGAGCAUGCUAGACGAUAUAUUGAAUCUUUGCCAUACAUGCCACAGCAAGAUCUAAAUGAGUUGUUUUGUGGUGCCAACCCUCUAGCCAUUGAUCUGCUGAAGAGGAUGCUCAUUCUGGAUAGUGACAAGCGAAUCACAGCAUCUGAAGCCCUUGCACACCCUUACUUUGAACAGUAUCAUGAUCCAGAAGAUGAGCCAGAGGCUGAGCCUUAUGACGAAUCUACAGAGAAUAAGGAGCGCACUAUUGAUGAAUGGAAAGAAAUUACAUAUGAGGAGGUGGUUGGCUUCAAGGUUCCGGAUAUUAAAAUCGAUAAUUUAGAAAUUGAACAGUAAUGUUCAGAUGUUUCUCACCCCCACAAUGGACAAAUUUAGACUUGGCUUCUGCAACUUGAACUGCUUUUGUUGACCAAAGACAAGAGAGUCUUAACAAUCCCAACAUUGUAAGCUAUGACAUGCUGCCCUGACCUAACGGAAAGAAAAAUAAGUUAAAGUCUUCUGUUCUGCAAAACAAUAUACACAAGCACAACGUUCGUUUUUUUUUGUUUGUUUUUUUAUCCAGUGUUUUCCCUGCAAGGUUAUCACCUAUUAUUUAAUUUUAAUAGAAUCCACCCACAACAAAAAAGCAUUCCAUUCACAAAGGACCACUAUACUAUAAAACGGUUAUCCUUUUUUUCAACACUAGUAAGUGGAAAUUUACAGGUAAUUAUUAACACCUAAUAAUACUGAACAUUUCUAUCCUCUUACCACACUGCCAACAAUUUGCAAUUAGCAAGUGAAUGCCAAUGUUGUGCACAGUAUUAGGGCUAGAUGUACAUGGGCUCCUAAGGAUGUCCAAAACUCCAACAGUGUCUAGCUCAAACUGCAGGUGGACUGGCCCUUUCACCCCCUAGUUUUAUGGUUCAUUGAAUCUAAUGAUCAGCGCUCAUGAAGUGUUCUGUGUAUAGGUAGUUUGCCCAAGGCUGUGCAUUGCACCUUCUCAGGAACACAUCCUAUUUAGACAAUUUUCAUGACCCAUGGGAAAGCAGUCAAGUGCCGGUGCUGCUGAAUUGCUACAUAUGUGGCUCAUUAAACCCUUUAAGCAGGGGGUAAAAGUGGGUUCCUACUCCUCCGGUCAGUAGUCAAGUGCAGGUGCUGCAUAUGUGGCUGAUUGAGGCCUAAAAGCAGGGGGAAAGUGGGUUCCUACUACUUGGAUACUUGGAUUCCUGCUGGAUACGUGCAGAAACAGAUGUGCUCGGGUGGUCCUCCAAAAAUGUAUGUGUACCUGUGCCAUAUGUUUUCUUGUACCUUAGAACAAUACUCUCUAUCGUUACCAUUACACAGCUAUACCAGUAAAAUGGCUAACAUCAUGUGCAGCUGCACUAAAAGCAUAGAACAUUUUUGUCAGUGUAGCUGGCACUGAUCUGGGGACCAAAAACAAAUCUUGAUCGUUCUAUUAGUGAGUUCUUACUGCAAGCGGUUAUUGUUAAAGGACAUCUGUGGUCACCUUAGUAUUCCGUAAGCGCAAUAUGCAUGUAUCCUGCAACAUGCUAGGUGCAUCAUGUCACAGAGGAAUGCCUGCCAGCACAUUUCCUUGGGCAAGCUAGUGUUACAACUAUAUCUAGUAAAUGCUCUGAUUUACAGCCUCUGCAUAGUGAUUAGUGACUGGUCAUAGCUUUCCUCUUGUGGCUCUACAACAGGCAUCAGUUUUGAAUGUUCAUGAGAAAGAAGUUGUCUGCAGGCUCCAAGUGAUGUGCAUCAUCUUGGGAAAGGGGUUAAACACCUGCAUUUUUUCCAGGUCGGGGAGAUUUUUAAAAUUUGCACAAUGCCUUUAACCGCUACAUUUUCUCUUGUUAAAGUGGCCUUUUAUUGUGAAUAUGUACCUUACAAUCAAAAAGUUUAUGAAAGAAAUACUGUAUUGUCUGCAGCAACCAAACGGAUAAUCUUUUCCAUGUUUCCAAGUCACAUCAAAUCAGAAUCUGGUAGGCUGUGUCUAACAAUAUUGCUUUCACUUUCUGUAAUGAGGUCCUUUUUUUUGCAUUGCACAGUUUUCACAACAUGGGUUCUUUAAUGAGCAUGUGAUAGUUCUACAAUUUUAAGUCUUACCAUUGGUAAUGCAGCGUAUGGAAUUUUAAUUUUAUUUUUUAUUUUUUUGCUUGGGUGGCUAUUUAUUUAAGAAAAAAACAAAACAUUAUUUCUAAAUGUAUUCAGGCCAGAUUAGCUCUGGAGCGAAGUGUGUCCCAAACACUAAUGUUCCUCUCUACUUCAAUUUAUACAGAUGAUAGACAUUCACUUGCAGAUUGAUGCUGCGUGGGUUUUCGGAGCUGGUUUGACAUCUUGUGUAAACAGUGUGGGCGAGCAUUAUUUAUGUGCAUUGCUAUAUCAUGACACAGCACGGCGCGUAAACUACUUCCCAAGAAUGUGAAAAACUGCUUUUUAGUGUGUGACUACUGCAUGUUACAAAUAAGCUAUCAUGAUUAAAAAAAAAGGGAGUUGAAAAUUAAAAGUGUUUAUACAUUUUAAUGAUACCACUUUAUAGGGAAAAGCAUGUUCUUCAGAAAGAAGUGGCUUUUACCAGCUUUUAUAGCAGGUGCCUUUACUCGGUGGCUGUGCAAAGUUAUGCCUGCUAGGUUUACUUACUGUAUGGAGGGUAAUGGCAUCUGCCAAGAACUGUUAGUAAGUAUUGUACUUGUCCUGCUGCCAAUAAAAUCAGUCUAUUACUUGUU